UUUAAUGAAAAAUCAAGUUAUAAAAAUAUCUUCCGUUUUAUUUUACUGUACGAUAUGUAUAGUAGGUAUGAUUGCAAAAAAAUCAAUGCUUUUACUAUAUACAUGAAUUGAAGCGCCAUCUUGGAAAAGCUCCUCCUGGAUAAAGAAAAUUGUGGAAAACUUGGCUUAGGAAAUGAAUGGAGUGGAGUGCUCCAAAUGCGGCUCAGCGUCUGCAUUAAUACGGUAUUAUCCGUUUGUGGAAAAUCCAGCAGCACUUUCCACCCCAUCUCGUGCAACUCCGCACCGUUACACGAUACCGCAUGCGCGCUGGGGAGGGUUGGUGUUUCUGGGUCGUCCAUGGGGUGGCAAUUACCCUUUUCUCGUGUCUCACAGUUGGAGUUCCUUUUGACUUUUUGCCGUGUUUUCGCACACAGUCAAGGUGGAAAAUUGCGAAAAACGAGACAUAUUCUCACCCACUGUGCGCCGGUGAAAAUGCAUUGAGCAUUUUCCCUUCCAUCGCACCUCACAAGCUCACUUCCUUCCGGCCACACUCUUGUGAAAAUUGAUAAAUCCGGAAGUGCGACAGACGCGAAUUUUCUACAUCGCGUACAUUUGCUCAGUAGUGAGGUGACGGAUUUUAGUGUGAAAGGAAAUCGAGGAAAAGGCCAAGAGGGCCAUGUUGUGUGUGUAGUGCGGCACGAAAAGUGGCUGAGAAAAAGGACUUUUCCGAUAGUUUUUCUCAAGUGCAUCCCCUUUUUGCUUGUCGUUUGGGGUGCAGACAGAGAAAAAUGUUGUGACGAAAUUGCUCGAGGGUGGAUGAAGUGCGAUAAAAGGGGGCACGAAGAACGCUGAAAAAGUGAGGGUGGAUUAACAGGAAAAAAGGAGAGGCGUCUUUCGUGUGUUUUCUGUGCUUCAUUUUUUUUCGUCUAAUCCCCUGCUCCGCCCCUCUUCCGGAGUGGGUUCUUCAAAGACGGUCUCCGACGCACCCCUCUUGCGAACGGAAGUGAAUCAUGAUUUUUUGGUGGUGUUUUGUGGUUUUUAUUGGCGCCGCGAGGAUAUCGAGUGGUCAGCUGGCAUGGUCACCCAUUCAAGUUGAAUCGAACAAUCAAGUGGAUCUCUUUACGCGCCAAGCUUCGGGAUGCCCAUGUCAAUGGCGCUCCCAAGUGGAUGCUGCGGACACAGGAUGUGCAUGUUGUGUCCGUGGUGGGUGUCAGUGUGGUGAAAUAUCACCUGGAAGGUGUGUCCAGUGCGGCCUAGAGAUGAAUUGUCUCAACAUGUGCAACAUCACCCUUGAUUCCCGAGCACUGCAAAAUAGCAGUGGUCUCAGUUUUGGGCUGAUUAAAUCGCCCAUUUUACAGGGGCCUGUUACGUGCAAAUAUUACCUAAGGCCCGUCGCUGGGCAGCGUGUGGAGCUUCAGGUUUAUCGCCUAGUGUCCGUGGGACGUUUCAAUGGGAAACACUGCGAGGGUGGAUCUUUGCAUUUUGGGGAAUCAAUUGGCGGAACAGAGACCAGUCGGAGUGCUUUUCUCUGUGGCGCCAAUGAAAGAUAUUCUCCACCAGCCGUUCUUUUCUCAGAUGAUGGAGCCACUACGCUUAUAUUUGAGAUAACGGAAAAGACGGUGAGGUCUCAGUUCCUGGCAUUCUUCAGCUUUACCUCCCUCAGUAAUCCCAUUGUGGGAUUUCAUCCUCGAGGCGGCACCAGAGUUACGUCGUCGGAAUGCGACUGGUCAUACCAUGAUGUCUCAUGUAUGUCGUCGAGUUCGUGUGCUAUCGCCAGUCCAGGAUUCCCAGGAAUUUAUCCCCCAGACAUGGUCUGUCGCUAUCAUAUUGUGACAUCUUCAAUCCACACCAAAGUCAGAAUUACCUUUACAUCGCUCCUUCUACCCGAAAAUAAAUGCGAAUCACACUAUUUGGCACUCUAUGUGGGAACAACAUCGGGAGAUGAUCGUUUAGCAACGUGGUGUGGUUCACAGAAAGAAGAAAAGGUGGUCACAGGUCCAAAUCUCGUAUUGGUCUUCCAUUCGGGCUCCUCCGUUCCACCAUUCGAUUAUAAUGGUUUCGCUGCAACACUGGAAUUUAUUGCUCCACCCCAGACAACUACAACUCCUGCCCCACCACCUGUUGUCCAUCCACCAGUUUGGAAUCCAGCUACUGGCAUUGAACCACCCGGAAGUGUUCCGUGGGCCGGAUCAAGUCCCAAAUUUACACCAUGUGACAAAGUUAUAACGGAAUCAAAUGGAAGAUCUGGACACUUUGAUACUCGGGGACGACCCUUUGCUACCAACUGUCGUCUUAUUUUUAAAGGGCGCUCUACAGAUAUAGUACACAUUUCUCUCUUCAACUAUCGACUAAAGGCUCCAUCGUGUCGAUCUGUGAUCGAAAUAAUGGAUGGGUCGUAUGAUAGUCACCGCAGAUCAUUGCAUAAGACAUGCUCACCUGCCGUGAGACAUGCUCGUGACUCAAAUGGUAUCUUUGUUCCUCCACAAACUUUCAUCUCUUCCGGGCCACAGAUAAUUAUUUCUCUGAGAAGAUCAACUGCAGCCACCGACCCCAAUGAUAUCGAGUUCAUCGAUGGCGCCUACAUGUUUCACGAUGAGGAGCAAAGUGGUACACUCCAGCCAGCAUCGCUAUGUGAUUCUCAUCACUAUGGCAUGAGCAGUCCGGAAACUGGGAUGGUGAGUGGAUUGGGGAAUGAGCAUCUGUACUGGAAUGUCGAGGGACCUCUCUCGUGUGCUCACCACUUUAUCCCAGGGGCAAAUCAGAGUGUAACAGUGACGAUUGAACACUUGGAGCGGAUGAACCCAAAGCCUCCGUGUGAGACUCUCUGUGGCGAUAGUGGUUGCCACUGCAUUACAAGUGUGACUCCACUCGAGGAGAUUGAUCAUCUGCGACUUGUGGGUGAAGACGACCAAACACUGAGUUGCCUGUGUGGUUCUUUUCGCACAGAAUGGUUCCCAGUGUCCCUACGGACAUGGUCCCCAGUGAGAUUAGUGUACUCAGUGGCGCAGUAUUCGUGGAAUACAAAAGGAUUUAUCUUCAGAACCGCCUAUACUUUCAAUAAUGAUGCUAUGUGUGGUCAAAGAACCUUCACCACACAUACUGGAGAGCUUCACUCGCGAAAUUUCGUCGGAGUCCCCUUCUUGCUCAAUUCUUUCUAUCAUCAGCAAUGUACCUGGAUUCUGGACUCAAAUGUGGAGCGCCAGCUCUUUGUGGAAAUCACAUCGGAGCAGAGUCGCCCAUGUGGCGCCUGGAAUAUCAGUAUCCAUGAAUUUUCACCCGCCGAAGAAGAGAAUAAUCACGCUGGAGCACUUCUCCAUCAAUUUUGUCCACGCGACAAGCACAAACUUUUCACAAUGCCAUGGAAAUCCAGCACGGUGGUUGUGAGGGUGCAAGCAAUGACACGAACGCCACCAGUUUACGUGGUGCGAUGGCGAUCUCAGGUGGUACGUGCCAAUACGAGACUCGGUCCCCCCACACCAGCACCCAAUAAGACUUCGAAAGCUCAGAGACUAGUGAGCAACAUCCUUAAGAUUGUUGCCUGCUUCUCUGCCCACGUACUUCUCAAGCGCCAAUUAAUUUUUUAAGACACCAUCAUCACACCCUUUUUUAAUAAAA